CACCCCGCCCAGACCCCGCCUUCUCUCUAAUGUACAGCCGGGGAAGCUCCGCCCCUCAGCGGGCUCCGGAGGGAUGAGGAUGAGGUGGUCGGGCGGUUCCUGAGGGUCCCGGGAUGUCGGAGGGGCCCCAGGAAGACGGAGGGGCCCCAUUCUAUAUAAACCGGGGGGGCCUCCCCAUCCAGGACGACACCUGGGAGAGGAUGUGGGGGCACAUCGCCCGGACACACCCGACCGGGGGGGAGCUGGAGAGGGAGAUCAGAUCGGCCACCGACCUGCCGAGGGUGCCGGUCCCGGUGGUCCCGGUGUUCAGUGCGGGAUCCUCUGUCUCUGAGAAGGUGGAUGUUGUCCAGCGAUACAUCCGAGAGCUGCAAUACAACCACACUGGGACCCAAUUCUUCGAGAUCAAGAAGACCCGACCACUGACCGGAUUGAUGGACCUGGCGAAGGAGAUGACCAAAGAAGCUCUGCCAAUCAAAUGUCUGGAGGCCGUCAUUCUGGCCAUCUAUCUGACCAACAGUAUUUCCACCCUGGAACGUUUCCCCAUCAGCUUCAAGACUCAGUUCUCGGGCGGCUGUUUCCGCCACAUUGUUCUUGGCUUAUACUGCAACGGGUAUUUUGGUGCUGUGGGGAUCAGCCGCCGGGAGGACCUGAUGUACAAGCCGCUCCACUAUCGGACUCUCAGUGAUCUGUUGAUGGAUUUUCAGGAGGCGUACACUCGAUGUUGGCACACGCUGCGCAAGGUGAAGAUUGGCCCCUUUGUGUCGCAUGACCCCCACAGCGUGGAGCAAAUCGACUGGAAGCAUUCAGUGCUGGAUGUGCAGGAGCUGAGCGCGGAGGGGCUCCGCAGGGAGCUGGAGAGACACAGCAGGGAGAUGAGACUCAGGAUUACCAAGGGACCCCCUUCACCUCCUAAGGAGAGAAAGAGGGACAUCACCUCAUCCCCCCUGCGAGGACAGUCCAGCCCACAACGCAGGGAUCGGCAGGACAGACGAUCAUCUGGGGAAAAACCUACCGACCCCAAAUCCUUACCUGACCUCAGUGGGUACCAGAUCCGGGUGUGAGUGCCCUGUACCACCUUCAUCCCAUCUGGGAUUGGAUAUGAACUCUGCCCCUUUUAGAUGUAGAUGACCCUGCCCCAUUUGUGUCAGGCCCAGGACGGCAGGCGCGCUGAACGCCCACGAUCCAACAGUGACGACUGCCGGAGGCGGAACUACAAAUCAAGUGACGUGUAUAGCUGGGUUCACGGCCACCUCCCUCCUUCCUCCCUCCCAACCUGGCUGUGACCAAUCAGUAACCACUGUUGGAGGGGCUUCUGGUCAGAAAUAAUCUUUUAAAGUUUUGCCUUAGCACCAUGCCACAUGUGCCAGCCUAUCGCCCUCAUUCCCGCCAGUCGACCUACGUCCAGCGGAAAGCACCCUCACUACCGCCAGCUGACCCACGCCUGGCGGAGAGCCCACCCCAUUGUCCAGCUAUUUAUUUAUUCCAACACUUUUACACUGAAUCCUAAUAAAGCGGAAGAUCUGC